AUGGCUGCGUCACCUUCACCACUAAUCCUCACCGAAGAUGAGAGGUAUGACCUUAUCACAUCCAAUAUUCAGGAGGUCCUCCGCCCUGACAUUAUUCGGGGGAUCCUGCCUGUACGCCCCCUCGAAAUUUUCUGGGGUACAGCGACUACAGGUCGCCCACACGCAGCCUAUUUCGUUCCUGCCAUCAAAAUUGCCCAAUUUCUCCGUGCUGGCUGCAAAGUCAAGGUUCUUCUCGCCGAUUUGCACGGCUUUCUAGACGCCGACAAAGCCCCUGAAGCUACACUAGAGUACCGAGCCCGGUACUAUGAGCGUGUCAUUGGAGCCUUACUCCAAGCUGUGGGUGUCGGACUCCACAACGUACAGUUCGUGCGCGGUAGCUCUUACCAGCUGACUCCAGCAUUCUCCCGUGACCUGCUCCGGCUCAGCAAGCGCGUAUCGGUGCAUGAUGCCGUAAAGGCAAGCAGCGAGAUUGUCAAAUCUAUGGGCGAACCCGUUAUGGCGGAUGGACUCUACCCAAUGAUGCAGCUGUUGGAUGAAGAGUAUUUGAGCGUCGACGCAGAAUUUGGCGGCGUUGACCAACGCAAGACAUUCGCGCUAGCCAAUGACACAAUGACCAAAGCGCUAGGGUUCAAGACGCGCGCUCAUCUGAUGAAUCCAAUGGUUCCCGGUUUGAGUGGCGGAAAGAUGAGUAGCUCAGACCCGAAAUCGAAGGUCGAUCUAUUGGAUGACCCGGCAACCAUACACAAGAAGAUUGCGAAAGCCUACUGUGCACCCGGCAAGAUAGAGGGAAAUGGUAUCUUAGCAUUCAUCCAGCAUGUCUUACUACCGUACUCGCAAUUGCAAUCUCCAGAUGGUAAGACGGCAGCCAUUAGUGUGGUUUUGAGAGAUCAGACUGAGCCGACCACUUUCAGUUCGUUUGCUGAAGUAACAGAGGCUUAUGCAGCAGAUCACUUGACACCACAGCUGGCGAAGCAGAUUGUUGAGGAGAGUCUGAUUAAGCUUACCACCUCGAUUCGCCAUCAGUUCGACACCGAUAAAGAGUGGCAACGUAUUGCCGAUGCUGCAUAUAGCAAUCUUACGGUAUCACCUAGAGGGCAAGACACACAGAAGAAACAGAACAAAAAGGAGAAAAAGGAGAAAAAGGCAAAUCGGACUAAUCCAACAAUCCAAGAUGGUGCGGUCGACGAUCAGUAG